GGAAAUCAAGCCAAAAGCAGCAGAUGAAAUCGAUGCCAACAUUAAUUGAAAUUGAAGAUAAUUACGAUCAUAUGGAAAAUGUGGAGUAUAUUUUAGAAAAUGUCCUCAUGCCUGACGAUGGGAGUCUAGAGUUCAGACACCUACAGGAUGACUACAAUUCGCAACUGACAUUAUCAUGUAAAUGCUCAAACAACAAUUGCUGCAAUAACAUUGAUUUUUGUCACAAGGGCGGACUAAAAUACAUGCGUGUGAAGGGCGAAUUGGUGGUCAUUCCAAAUGAAAGUCAACAAUUUCGAUCUAUCCUUGAAUGCAACGAACUCUGCGAAUGCCAAAUUAGCAAAUGUCUGAAUCGUCGAGUGCAGUACGGCCCACGCCAAAAACUAGAGGUUUUUGAAUCGCCAUUAUACAAAUCGAAGGGCUUACGUACUACCGCAUAUAUCCCUAGUGGGGCUUUCAUCUGUGAAUAUGCAGGGGAGCUUUUGACUCUAUCUGAAGCUCAAAAGCGCAUACAAAUUAUUGAUGAAAAUAGUCAAAUGAAUUACAUUUUAUGCCUUUAUGAGCAUUCUAAGACACGGUUAAUUACGAUUGUAGAUCCCUCUAAACGCGGAAAUAUAGGUCGCUAUCUGAACCAUAGCUGUCAACCUAAUUGCAAGAUUUUACCUGUCCGAACCAACUGCCCCAUACCAAAAAUUGGGAUCUUUGCUAAACGUGAUAUAUUGGCCAAUGAAGAAUUAUGUUUUCACUAUGCUGGGGGAGACAGUUAUAAUGGAAUGCUCAAUGGAAAACCUUGUCUAUGCGGUUCCACCUAUUGCAACGGAUUCAUUCCAAAUACACAAAUUUAGAAUUAAAAUCAACUUAUACCAAU